AUGUCCUCGCCAGCCCCUCCGCCCCCCAAGUCGGGGAAAGGUUCAGCUUUCUGGUUGUCUUUCAUUGCAGUCGUCGUUGCCAAUUUCCUCAGCGCGCUUGACAUGACCGCCGUGUCGACCGCAGUCCCUACAAUAACGAGCGACCUUCAUGGUGGCGACGACUUCGUCUGGAUUGGGUCGGCAUACGGCCUCGCUAGCACAGCAAUCCUACCCUUCUCUGGUCGCCUCGCGGACGUUUUUGGACGUCGGCCAAUCAUGCUGGUGUCCAUUGCGAUCUUCUUGGUUGGAAGUGCUCUGGCUGGAGCCGCACAGACCAUGAAUUGGCUGAUUGCUGCUCGAACCGUCCAAGGGAUUGGCGGAGGUGCCAUCGUGAACUUGGGUUCAAUCAUCCUUGGUGACUUGGUGUCGCUCGCGGAACGUGGAACGUACCAAGGUAUUCUCAUCCUCGUUUGGGCACUUGCAGGAGCUAUUGGUCCGACCAUAGCCGGCUCGCUUGCUCAAGAUGCGACUUGGAGAUGGCUGUUCUACCUGAAUCUCCCAUUGGCGGGGAUAUCCUUCGUCCUCGUCGCAGUUUUUCUCCGUGUGAGGACUCCUGAAGGAUCCAUAAGAGAGAAGCUCGCACGGGUCGAUUGGAUUGGUAACUUGAUUAUCAUCGUUGGCACGACACUUGCAUUGCUGGCGUUGACUUGGGGAGGCAUCCGUUUCCCUUGGAGCUCGUCUCAUGUUCUGGCACCACUCAUCAUCGGGGUCGUAUUCAUCCUUGCAUUCUUUGUAUUCGAAAGCCUUGUUCCACGCGAACCGACCACUCCUUUGGACAUCCUUCAUAGCAGGACGGCCUUGAGCGGAUAUCUUGCAACGUUCUUUCAUGGUAUUGUCACCAUGUCGACUAUGUUCUAUAUUCCUGUAUAUUUCCAGGCUUGCUUCGGCGCCAGCCCCAUCCACUCCAGCGUCAACAUGCUCGCCACCACGCUCAUUUGCGCUCCUCUAUCACUCUUCGCUGGUGGAGUCGUGAAGAGGAUGGCAAAGUAUCGCCCGGCAAACUACGUGGGCUGGAUCCUCAUGCUCAUCGGCUUUGGACUCUUCACUCUGUUCAAGUACAAUUCUUCGACCGGCAUGUGGGCUGGCUUCCAGGUCAUCACCGCGGCUGGUAUCGGUAUCAUCUGGUCCGCCUCUGUCUUUCCCAUCCUUGCGUCCAGUCCUGUGCCUCGUUUUGCUGCAGCUCUCGCGUUCCAGAACUUCCUCCGUCAGUUCGCGCAGACGUGGGGCAUCACUAUUUCAGCAUCUAUCCUGCAGAACGAACUCAAGAAGCACCUUCCCUCCGCCUUCGCUGGGCAGUUCCCUGAAGGCGUCGAGAUCGCCUACGCCAUCAUCCCCAUCAUCCCGACGCUCGAAGAGCCUCUACGGACCGAGGUCCGCAUCGCGUUUGCGACCUCCAUGUCCAUCGUCUGGAAGGUCAUGCUCGGUCUCGCGGGCGGCGGGUUGCUCACCACUCUCCUGCUCAAGGAGAUCCCCAUGCAUACCGCGACGGACAGCCGCUACGGGCUCGAGAAGCAAGACAUGACAUCUUUACCUCAGAACGAUGCAUUGGGUGCGCCGAAGUAA